UCCACGUAGACUUAAAUCCCCAUCGGAUCGUUGCAGUUACGGCUCAGUAACACAGCGUUUUUCAAAUCGCAUCUGUUUGACUGGAGUGCGUUUAGUUGGAGGUCUAUUUAAAGUAAAAAAGUUCAACUUUAGUGUUUGAAGUGUCCUACAAUGGUCGUGUACAAAUUAAUUUAUUAUGAUUCGCGAGGGAGCGCAGAAGUAAUUCGUCUUCUGUUGGCACUGGUAGCUUUGCCUUUUGAAGAUGUGAGAUACAGUCAGCAAGGGGUGAAACAAUGGAUUCAGCAGUAUCCAGGUAUGACAUUACCGGCAUUAGAAGUAGAUGGCGAGGGGCCUUUUUGUCAGCGUGGUGCCAUUGCGCGUUAUGUCGCUAGACAAACUGGUUUGUUAAGCGGAAACGAUCUAGACGAUCUUCGUAUAAAUGAGGUCAUGGAAAUGUCCACCGAGAUGCAUAAAAGAGUAUUCCAGAUGGCUGGUAUUAUAGACGUGGACAAAAAGAGAGAACUAAUGGAUACAUUUAGAAAUAAGACAAUGCAAAGAUAUCUGGACUUCUUUGAGAAGCGCCUGACGGAAAACAGAAAUGGUUUUCUAGUUGGUUCUAAGUUUACGCUUGGUGACGUCGUGAUAUAUGACACUCUUUAUUUGCUUGAUGAAUUUCAAUUCGAUCCGUUCAAAGACAGACCACUUUUGAGAGAACAUUCUGACAAGGUUGCAGCUUCACCAGGAAUUGCAAAGUGGUUGAACGAUCGACCAGAGACUACUUAUUGAGAAGUCCGAGAAUAUUAUUUUGUUCAUUAUUUUGGCUUGUUUGAUAGUUAGUAUCGUUUAUCACUGACUCAAAGCGUGUGUUAAAUCAUAUUUGACCGUCAAGACACAAACACGUCUAAAUAAUGCAAUUAAAAGAAUUUAUUUUGUGUACUGGAGAAUUUAAAAUUUAUUAUUCUAUGUUCAGGCCCGGAUCCAGGGCCUGCCCGAGGGGACCCCCCCCCACACACACACACACACACACCACAGUUGGCCGAGAAGUGACCUAUACUCAUCAAAGAUGCACCCUACUUUUCUGGCAAAGGAAUAAUUUUUUCUCAAAAUUUAGACCUAGAAAUGCACCAGAGGCCACCAUUUCAUACCUGUGUUUCAAAAAUUUCCAGAGGGAGAGCCCCCUGACCCCCUGAACCCCUAGCUAACAUGGGCAAAGGCACCCCCUCCAAUAUUUUGCUAUGCGCUUUGGCAGUGAUGUCUUCGUUCAAGACUGGUGCCACCCCCCACCCUCCCCCAGUCAAAAAUUUCUGGAUCCGGCCCUGAUAUUGGUUAGUGUAGAUAUGCUGAACCGUCUCUCCUUUAUUGACUGUGAUGAACUGGUAGGCCUAUGCAAUACACACUUUUUGUCGGUCACAUUUGCUUUUUCAUGAAUUUAUGCCACUUGUUUGUGUUAUUUUUUUUUUGUAUGUACACAGUUACUACUAGGAUUUCACAUUCUUUGACCCGACAUGCAAUACACAGGUUCCAUAACUUUAUUUUAAUUUUAGCUCAACUGUAUUUUACUCCUCGGUUCUUAGACUUUGAAGUAUGCGUCCGUGUCCCGAUUAAGUUAAACUUUUAUAUGGAAUCUGGUAUAUAUAUGAUCACUACAAGUACUAGGGCAAAAAAGCCUGAUAAUAUGUUUUCAUAACGCUGAAAGAAGUUUUAAAAUCGGACCACUAUUGAAAAAGAUAUGGCAAUUUGAAACUUAAGAAAAUGGCCGAUCAUGGAGGCAGCCAUUUUAGUGUGUUUAUUUUAAAAAUUCUUUCACUUGUUUAAAUGAUUUUAAAAAAUGCUAGAAGACAGAAUUAACAUGAGAACAACAUUACCUUUACCUUCUUUCAAUGUGACAGUCUUACAUGCAGUGUGUAGAAAUCAUACUUUUAUUUUGCUUCUUUUCAAAGUUAUGCCCCAUUUAUGUCUUAGCAAUGUUUGGUUAAGUUUUUGUAUGUUGCCUGGUAUCUCAGUGUCCACAGAUUGGACUGAAACGUCACACACUUGUCCACUGUGACGAUCUGACAUGCCUUGCACAAUUUCUAUUACUAUAUUUUGCACUUUUUUAAAACUUCACACACUUGUCCAUUGUGAUGAUCUGGCAUGCAUUUCAGAGGUUCCAUAACACUUUUUGGUACAUUUACAAAAUCAUGCCCCAUUUUCGACGUAUUCAUUCCAUGACAAAGCUGUUGAAUAGUUCAGCCUCGCUGCUCUCUGCAGGUUAUUGUUGUAUGUAUGCUGGUGUCGCAAUAACCGCUAGUUAGAAUGCUUUGAAAUUUCACAAACUUGUUCACUUGUUUAUGUGAUUGUAUGACAUGAUUUACAAAGGUACUAUAACUUUUUCACCAAGCAGUGUUUUAUUAAGUGUGUAAGGUAGUAUCUCCAUGGGAACAAAUCAAAACGUUUAACACAUGUACCCUGUGACGAUUUUGAACUGCAUGUUUUCACAAAUUUAUCCCCUUUUUCCACUAAGCAUUUUUGUAACUUUUUUUGUAUUUCAUUGACGACUAGUGGGUAUGGAUUGAAACUUCAAAAUAUUUUGAAGCAAUAUUGUUGCACAGUUUAUACUUGUCUUCCUUGUAUUGUAUUCAAUUAUUUAACUUGUUUAUGUCAAGGCUCCUGCUUAUACAGGAAGCGACUUGUAGGGUCUUACUAUUUGGUUUUACUGUAUUUUUAUGAUUUUAGCAGAUAAACAAGAUUUAAUCCCAUACCUUAUAUUAUUAUUUUCGAUUAAAAUGAAACGUAAAUCAAAAAUUUUAAUUCCUUAACCAAAACUGUGUUAGUGUGACUAAAUCAAAUGAAACCAAACUUUUAUAGAUUCAUAAUUUGGUAUCUAACAAAUAAAACAUGACAUUUCGGUUAAUUGGCAUUGACUGAGACAUAUUACAUUUUUGAUCUGACUGUCCACAGACUUGCGCCUUGACCUCAAGGUCAUGUAUUUUUUUUUUUUUGUACAAUUUAGAUAAGUUUCUUACUUUGUUAGUGACAUGUGGAACCAAAAUGUGUAGUCCUGUUUGGCGCCAUAUAACCUAUACUGUGUUGGUGUGCCGUAAAAUCCAAAUAAAUAAAUAAAUAAAUUGUUAGUGACCGGAUAAGGGAUAGGCUAUUCAGUAAAUGAAAAUAAUAUGGUUAGAGAGAAUCAGUAUUCGCUGAGUUUAUCAAGAUUUAACACUAAUAAUAAAACUACCAGAUAUCUAUCCAGUUUACAGAACUAAUAACCAAUAUGAAAUAUAUCAGGUCAUCAAGAGCGGACAAGGUGUAAUCUGGUGUUAUUGAGUGAAGUCAUUUGAUCUUAUAAGUAAAAUACGCACACAGAUUGCGAUAUUACAUCAUUUUUGUGCUGUAUAUAUCAUACCUCUCAGAAGCCUAAAUAUUUUCAUUUCAAAUGCCUAUUUAGCCAAAAUUUAGGAUCUUAGUCAAUUAUUGAAAUUAUUAACAAUUAAUUAAGUUCGCUACUCCACUAUAUCCCUCUUGAAUUUAAACGAUUAUUCUAACGCGGUGCGAUUUUUUUCCUAUUAUCCAAAUAAUGAUUGUUCAUUUGCACCUGAUAUCUUGUAAUCAAACUAAUAUGCCAUUUUACAUUCACUCCAGUUUAUUCACUUUCUUAAUAAAGAACAUUGUUUUUGAGUUUGUAAUGACCGAGAAAUGCAUCAUUUUUUUUUCUCACAAAGCGUAAAUUUUACUUUGCCGCUUAAAGCGAACGCUGGGAAAUAUUAUAGCAAGGAAGUCUAUUGAAUGUAUUUCAUUUAUUGAUAUUUGAAAGUAAUUCUGUAAUAACAUUGACAAUUAAAUGUGUUUUACGUUGAUCCAGUUAUAGAUCCUGAUUCUUUGUAUUACAUCUAUUACAUGGUCAUUAAAAACACAAGUAUGAAUUAAUGUUAGUACUGUAUAAUAGAAAUAACGAUUAUAAUAUUCAGAAUCCUUAAUAAAAU